GGCACGCUCGUGCUCCGCGUCUACGAGGACAGCCACCCGAAGACCGCGAAGAACUUCCUCGCGCUCACGCGCGGCGACAAGGGCCGGGGCCGCGUCUUCGGCAAGCCCCUCGCCUACGCGGGCACGCCCAUCCACCGCGUCGCCAAGGACUUCAUGAUCCAGGGCGGCGACGUCGUCGCGGGCGACGGCACGUCGGGCGAGUCCAUCUACGGCAAGACCUUCAAGGACGAGCACACGCACCUCAAGUUCGACGCGCCGGGCUGCCUCUCCAUGGCCAACAGCGGGCCGGACACGAACCAGUCCCAGUGGUUCGUCACCUGCGACGAGGCGCCGCACCUCGACGGCAAGCACGUCGUCUUCGGCAAGCUCGUCGCGGGCAUGGCCUUCCUCAAGCAGCUCGCGAACCUCGACGCCGACGCCGACGGCGCGCCCAAG